GCGACGCACUCCUGCGCCUGUGCGUUUCCGGCUCCUGGAUCGUCCGCGUGAGUUUGAGCAAGUGUUUCAGACACAUCUCCUGUAGGGAGCUGGCGAAGUCAGGGGAGUCGUCACGGGAAUCGGGGUGCCUCGGCGGACCCACGGGGCCCCGCAGAGGUAAACAUUCUGCCCUAUGUAGAGUGAAUUUGGCUUGGAAUUAAAUGAAGUAGCCCUUGACCUCAAAGAAUUCUACUCUUUCACAAACAACAACGACAACAUCAAAGAAUAUUUGUAUCUGUGAUUGUUGGGGAAACCUACUGUAAACACUGUAAAUUUUUCUUACAUAAGCCAGAGUCCUGCCGUUACCCUGACAUCAGUUCCAGACUGUUGACCCCUGGACAACAGCCCAACUAUAUGAAAUCAUGGCCGGUUAUAAACCUGUAGCGAUUCAGACAUAUCCUGUACUUGGUGAAAAAAUCACCCAAGACACUCUGUACUGGAGCAAUUAUAGGACUCCUGUUCAGAUUAAGGAAUUUGGUGCAGUGUCCAAAGUGCACUUUUCUCCUCAGCCUCCAUAUAACUACGCAGUCACAGCUUCUUCGAGAAUCCACAUUUAUGGCCGGUACUCUCAGGAACCCAUAAAAACCUUUUCCCGCUUUAAGGACACAGCAUACUGUGCUACUUUUCGACAGGAUGGCCAAUUGCUCGUCGCUGGCAGUGAAGAUGGCAUCGUUCAACUUUUUGAUAUCAGUGGGAGGGCUCCCCUCAGGCAGUUUGAAGGCCAUACGAAAGCAGUUCAUACGGUAGAUUUUACAGCUGACAAGUAUCAUGUGGUCUCUGGAGCUGAUGAUUAUACAGUUAAAUUAUGGGAUAUUCCAAACUCCAAAGAAAUUCUGACAUUCAAAGAGCAUUCUGAUUAUGUGAGGUGUGGCUGUGCUAGCAAACUGAACCCAGACCUUUUUGUAACAGGGUCAUAUGAUCACACUGUGAAGAUGUUUGAUGCCCGGACAAAUAAAAAUGUUCUCUGUGUCGAGCACGGGCAGCCAGUGGAGAGUGUCCUGCUUUUCCCCUCUGGAGGUCUUCUGGUGUCUUCAGGCGGUCGUUAUGUCAAAGUCUGGGACAUGUUAAAAGGAGGACAGUUGCUCGUGUCCUUGAAGAAUCAUCAUAAGACUGUGACAUGUUUGUGUCUGAGCAGCUCUGGACAGAGGUUGCUCUCCGGCUCACUGGACAGGAAAGUCAAGGUCUACAGCACGACUUCCUACAAGGUCGUCCACAGCUAUGACUACACGGCUUCCAUCUUGAGUCUGGCACUUUCUCAUGAAGACGAGACGAUCGUUGUGGGGAUGACCAAUGGGAUCCUGAGCGUCAGACACCGGAAGUCAGAGUCAAAGAAGGAGUCGCUCCCGAGAAGGAGGCCUGCAUAUCGAACUUUUAUUAAAGGAAAGAUUUACAUGAAGCAACAGGAUGACAUCAUGAUCAACAGGCCAGCAAAGAAGCACCUAGAAUGUUAUGACAGGGACCUGAAAAGUUUCCGAAUAUCAAAGGCACUUGACAGAGUCCUUGAGCCUAAUUGUGUAAUAAAGACGCCUGAGGUUACAGUUUCCAUCAUAAAGGAAUUGAAUCGGAGAGGAGUCCUUGCCAAUGCUCUUGCAGGUCGGGAUGAGAAGGAGAUUACCCGGGUUCUGAACUUUUUGAUAAGGAAUUUGUCUCAGCCGAGAUUUGCCCCUGUUUUGAUUCGCGCUGCUGAGAUAAUCAUUGAUAUAUAUCUGCCUGUGAUUGGCCAGUCACCAGUGGUUGAUAAAAAGUUCAUAGUACUUCAAGGACUUGUAGAAAAAGAAAUUGAUUACCAAAGAGAACUCCUAGAAACCUUGGGGAUGAUGGACAUGCUGUUUGCCACCAUGACGAGGAAUGGCAGCGCCCCUGUGUCAGAGCACGUGCCUGCUGAGCUCCCAGAGGGGAAGACGACAGAGUCCCUCUGUCAGCCCGCUGACGCGGACAAGAGCUCCUAACUGGGAGUUGUUUGACUCUUAAUCGCUGAGAAGAUGGCAUCUUCAAGACAUUCAAAGAGAUAAUUUACAGGAGUUUUAUGGAAGAGACUGGAUUAAUUAUAAUUAGGAAAUAAGUACCUGUUUCAAGACAUGGUUUUCCAUGUAUUACUUUGGUUGAUUUUGUGGCGUCUUCUGCUGGAAGAUCUUAGGUGUUUCGGUCACAGAGUCUGUCGACCCUGAAUGAGUUGAUACUGAUUUUAAUGGAGUCAAACCUUGGUUGCCAUGGGGCAGAGUCCUGCCAAGGGAACAGCACCUUGGUUUUUGUUUUGUUUCUACUUCUAGCCUGGGAAAUAUCAAGAACUACCAGCAACAGAAGAACCUCUUUCUCUGUACACAGCGCCCCUGAGAAUUUUGGUCCCUUUUGCUGUUAUUUUUGAAGGCCUGGGUCACACAAAUCCCCAGCUGCUUGUGGGACUGUCUUCCAAGUGUGGCAGAUCAUAGACUAUUGCUCCUGGGAGCAUAGUUAGGGUGUUGUAGUCCUUGCUUACCUAUGAACUACGCUCUCCACGGUGUUGUCUUUAGUCUGCUUAUCAGGACAAAGUCCAGAGAAAUCUGACUGUGCUGCCUUCCCUCCAGCUUCACCUGCCUCAGUCUGUGAGACGGCUGUCCUGCCCUCACGGUAACGGCCCGUCAGCCUGUGCGUAUGUUCCGAGUGGGUCUUGUGUGUGUAGCCCUCCAGAACAGUUCUCUUUCCUGUACCUACUCUUCUUUUUCUCUGUUCUUUGUAUUGUGAGUCUAAACCUUAAAUAGGAGCAGUUUGCUUUGAAAAAUUGUGAUUUUGAAAGUUCAUUGUAAACCUUAUUUUUUUAUAAAAAGAUUCUUUUCUUCUUCUUGA